UUUGACGGUUCCCGUUCACAUUCAAGCCCGCAACUCCAGUCCACACCCUCGCUCGGCGGCCGCGACCGCCUCCGAGUCUCUGACGCCGGCGGGAAGCCGGAGUCCCGGAGUGCGUAUGAUUCUUCCACUACGGUAGCCGAUUCCCGCGUCCGCGCUCCUGAUGGCGCCGCCGUCGUCCUGGUCAGACAUCCCGCUGGAGCUGGCCGGCCUGGUCCUCCGCCGCCUGCCCGCGAACGUGGACCGCGUCCGGUUCGCCGCCGUGUGCCCCCAGUGGCGCGCCGCCGCGCGGGAGGUCACCCUGCCCUCGCCGCUGCCGCUGCUCGCGCUCCCAGACGGCACCGUGUACUCCCUCCCUGGGAGCGAGCCGCUCCGCUUCCCCGGCUGCACAGGCUAUGCUGAUGCCUGUGGCAACUGGCUGGCCUUCUCAACCGAAGAAGGCUGCUUCCUGAGUGAUCCGUUCUCCAACGCCACCGUGACACUUCCUCAGCUGUCCCGCCUCCAAGCCCCAUGUCACCGCGGUGGGAGGCUCGUCUCAUGGAUUGAAAUUGAGGAGCCCCCCGAGAAGCUUACUAUGUACAAACCGGUAUUUUGCUCCCGUCAACUCAUCGCCAUAUUCAUCACGUAUCAGUACAGCACUAAGGUUGCAGUGUGCCAACCAGGGGCGGCCUCCUGGUGGUCGGUACAUGUGGAUCACCGGUUUGAGCUGACUGAUGAUAUGGCAUUCCACCAAGGAAAGCUCUACAUCCUCAAUGACGACGACCAUAGCCUUUUCGCAAUGGACAUCAGCGUGGACCACAGAACGGGAGCUCCAUGGAUUUGUCAAGUUCGGCGGGUUAUCAGCGGCGUCCUGAUUCCUCGUCCUGCAAUUAGGGGCAUAUGCCGAAAUGAACAUCAGAAGAUGCUCUACCUGGUUGAAUCCGAAUCACAUGGCACGUUGCUGAUGAUACACAGGAAGACAUACGGCCAGGGGAGGAUAGGACCCAGAUGGUUAGUGGCGGGCACAUUUGUCUCAUCUGGGUGGGAGUUCGAGGUGUUCAUGGCGGACUUCCAGCAGUCAAAGUGGACCAAGGUGACGACCAUUGGCGAUGACCAGGUGCUUUUCCUGCGGAGGCGGUGCUCCAGGUUCAUUCGCGUCUCUCCUGAGGACAUGCAGGGGGACGGCAUUAUAUUCCUGGACAGAGAUGAUGAGGAUCAUGACUGGUACGAUCAUAGGGGCUCUUCCUCUGAUUCUUGCAAGGUCUGUGACAUGAGAGAUGGCACUGUCUCGCCCUUUGUACCAAGUGUGCAUUUUGAGCGUCGCUCUGUACCUGCAACGUGGCUCUUCCCUCAGGUCUGAAGUGAUCUCAGUAAGCCUGGUGUUUAUAUUUUAAUGCGCAAUUUGUCUCCCUGUUGUUUGAGAUAGUUACUACAAGGGUAUCAAUCUGAUCUGGAACGUGUUGGAUGUUAACUAGGCAUAUCUCUAUUAUGUUAUUUUGGAUUGGAACUGGAAUUGUCCAUGUGGAGCUGUGGCAAGCUUAUGUUAUAAUGCAAUCAUCUUAUGGCUUGGAUGCUAGCUUUUCUUGUCCAUGUAAUUAGUCUCAUGUUCCUGAAGAAAAUGGAAUGUAUGCUCUUUCUGUGAACUACCAUCUGAAUUGAUUUUAUGAA